UAUAUAAUUUCAAUUAACCUAAAAAGGUUAAAAGUGCGAAGAAUUGGAAUAGAGAAAAAAAAGAGAAUAAUAUUUAUAUUGUAUUUUAUAAAGCUUAUGUAAAAGAUCAACAUUCUUUUCAAUUGCGAUUACAUAUUGAUACGUAUCGGUAUAUAUUAAUAUAGAUUUAGUGUGAAUUUUAUAAAAAACAUCACAUUGUUGUAUUUAAUACAAAAUGGGAGGCGGAGAUUUGAAUUUGAAGAAGUCAUGGCAUCCAUCUACUAUGAAAAACAUGGAGAAGGUAAGGAAAGCGGAGCAGCAAAACAAUCAAGAAAAUAGAAGAAUAGCCGAGUUGAAGAGGCAAAUUGAAAUGGAGAAAGACCGGGAGGACAUGACAAAGUAUGCUAUGGAGCAAGGUGUAAUAGAAAAGAAGGAUGAGAAAAAAUUGGAUUGGAUGUACAAAGGGCCGAAUCAAAUGGUCAAUAGAGAGGAAUAUUUACUAGGAAGGCCAGUUGAUAAAGCCUUUGAACAAAUGCAACAAGCGGAAAAAGAGGCGGAGUUGAUUAAAGUACCAAAAAAUCACGUUGAAUAUGAAUGUAUUCCACCUUCAUUGCGAUUUUUCUCUGGUAAUGAGCAAGUAGACUUGGUUAGAAAAAUGCAAGAAGAUCCUUUAUAUACCAUAAAGAAAAAAGAAAUGGAAAAUAGGAGUCAGCUCUUAAAAAAUCCUGUUAAAUUGAAACAACUAAAACAACUGCUGGAAGAACAAUCGUGUAAAAGUAAAAGGGUGAAAAAAUCUAAAAAAGAAAAGAAAAAAUCAAAGCGGAAGGAUAGCAGUGAGGAUGAAGUUGAAUUGGAUAAAUUGCUAGCAAUUAAAUAUAAACAAUUAAAAAACGAUAUUAGCGAAAAAGAUUUGUUAAAAUCGAUGAAAAAAAUUAGAUAUAAACGAAAGAAAAAAUCAAAAAAGCGGAGUCACGAUUCGGAAAGUGAAUCAGACACCAGUAGCGACGACGCUUCUGUUAAAAAAAGGCGACAUAAACGGCAAAAAAAACGAAGAAUAAGUACAAGCGAUAGUGACAACGACAGUGAUAGUACUGAGAGCAUUAGUAGUGAAAAUGUCACACAACGUGAAAGAAAAGAUAAAAAAGAAUAUGAUAAAAGGAAAUGUUCGAGAGAUGAUAUAAAAAUUGACAACGAUGAUAAACGAAUGAGAAAAAGAGCGUCAAGCAAACAUAAAGAUUCAAAGUAUGAAAAAAGUAGAAAGCAUGAGGAAGAAUAUAAUAAAAAUUGUAAACGACGAUACGAGCAAAGUGAUACGCGCGCGCAAAGGGAUAGUUCAAAAGAUAAAUAUAAAAAUGAAAGAAAAUAUUCUGCAGAGAAACGAAACGACGCAACAAUAUCGAACAACGAAAGAUCUAAAUCUACCUCUGAUAUUAAUCACACGAAAGAGGAUAGAAAAGAAACAAAAUAUAGACCAAAAACAAAACUGAGCCUUACCGAGGAGGAAAAGGAACAACGGCGACAAGAGAUGAUGGCAAAUGCAGCGUGGCGCGAUAAAGAGAGAGAGAAAAAUGUGAAAAUGUACCGUGAGGAAGAGAAAAAGGAAAUGCAAAAUAAUUCGUAUAACAAGGAUUUUAUCAGGAAACAACUGGUUGUCGCGACAGAAAUGGGUACUGUCGCAUCUAGGAUUAAAGCCAAUAUUAACAACAUACAACGUUCCGGUCGCGCAAUGGACAUGAAUUUCGCCAAGAGAUGACUUUUAUCUGCAAUCAUAUAUACUUUGUACAACUAUAC